AUGCCGCGCAUUGAUCCUAUUCAACUGCUCAACUGUCUAAGCGUGCUCUUGUCACCUAAAGGCGGUAUCAAGAGCAGAGACGAAGUGCAGAGACUAGCUAUACUUAUGACUAAGUACUCGAAGAAAUUGGUAUCUAAAUGUAUAUACAUUCAGAUAUUGAAAUGUACAGAAACGGAUUUACUAGGUUUAUUUAUGGGUUCUGAGGGAUGGCUUUUGGUACAUAUGUGGUUAACUGAAAGUAUAGUGGCGAAAAACUGGCCACUUGUGAAAGAGUUGUUAGAAUUACUAUUAUUGUGUCCAGUUGACAUAGAACGUUUGAAAACAAACAACUGUCCAAAAUUAGUUAAAGAAUUAUCAAAAGAUGAGGAUCAUUUUGCUAUCAGGGCCUUAGCAUCAAAAUUAGUCGAACAAUGGUUGAAGACUGUCAAAGGUGAACAAGUCAUUCCUAUUCAGCUUUGUGACUUACCGCAAAUAAUAAAAGAUGCUCAACCUGAUUCUAUUGCUUUAAUCAAAACCGAAUGUAAUAUCGAACACAAGGGUGAUAGUGAUACUAUUUCGAAUAAAGCAAUUAAUGACGAAAACGUCAAAAUUGAAAAUACUGAUAUUAAAGCAGAAAAACAAGUAAAUGAUGUUAAGGUAAAAGAAGAAAUAGAUGGGGAACCUGAAACCUUGCCUGUCUUGAAAAUCAGUUUAAAGGAUGGAAAGCAGAUGGUCUCCCAAGUAGAUGAUGAUAAUGAUAGUAAAGCCUCUGAAACUCUGUCAGAUUCGGAAAAAAGUAAAGAAAAAUCAAAGAGUAAGAGCAAAGAUAAAACUGAAGAAAAAAAUAGUAGUAGCUCAAGAUCAAGAGGUUCAUCAAAACAUUCUAGAAAAAUCCCUAAACUGAGUGACUCGAAAAAGGAGAAGCCUUCCAUAUCCAUAGAAGUUAGGAAACCGGAUGAGCCAAAACCUAAAACAGUGAAAACCUUUAACUCAAAGUUCAGGAAACAUGGUCUAGAAGAAGAAGUUAAACCGCCACCUUCCAGAGCUGCUGUUUUAACUAAAAAAGCAUCAACUUCUGUAUUGCCGCCAAUUGUAUCAAUACCAAAAAGACCAUCACCAGUUCAUAGUGAUCCUCCUCCAGAGAAGAAGAUAAAAAUCGUAGAACCCAUUGAAAAACCCGGUGCAAUUAAAUUGAUUCCUCCUAAACCCAAACCCAUGUUGCUCUUGGAAAGUGACAUGUUCAUGGAUGCCUUGAAUGCGUCUGCUACUAACAAAAAAGAUCCUAAAAAAAGAAAACGAAGAACCAGUGGGUCAAAAGACGGAAAUUCUGCAAAUGACGUGUCUCCACCACACACUCCUACUACAAUGGUUAGUCCAAACAGUGAAAGUAAAUCAGUACCGCCGAGAUUCUACCAAGACACUCUUGAGGCUGAUGAAAAACAAGAAAAACCUUCAGAGAAACCUGAAAUAAAUGAAAAUGAGGAUACAACGAUUACUGACAAAGAGGAAGAAAAAAUGGAUACAUCGGAACCUCACACUUUAACAAUUAACGGACUUAAAGGUGUUUUAUGUUACCACAAACGGAAAGGUCCGAAAAAGAGUAUUAAAUGGAAACCAGAUUCUGAACUAGAAGAAAUACAAUACUUUGAACUUGACGAAACAGAAAGGGUAAAUGUAACAAAGACCUUUACAGAUAUGAAGUAUUUAGAAAGGAUCCACGAAAGGGAUGCUUUCCAAAAAGGUAGGAAUCUUAGCAAUGAUGAUGUUAUGGAAGAGAAAACUAAUUGGAGACCACUCAUACCCGUUGACGGUGGUGGACAAAUUCAAGUGGAACAUGGGAAAAAUAGUAAAGAAAAAGAUAUACAAGCGAUGCGCCAAAAAGGGACUCUGCAGCCACUUUAUUUCUCCAAAGCAAUGAUCCCUGACUCUGCUCUCGAACCUGACGCUGAGACUCAUACUUAUUCGGAACCUACGAUAAUACCACUGGAAGAUGUCACUGGCAAUCAAGAUAACAUUAGUGAUUUUAGAAACAUGCCCUGGCCUGAAUCUAAAGGUAAUGCGCCACCAGUAUCAAACAAUAUAAAUGUUCCUCCUAUCUUCCCAUCAAGCAUGAACCAGUUUCCCAACAAUUUUCCGAACCCACAGUUCCCAGGUGUGCCACCUGGAUUUCAAGGGGGCAAUAUGGUGCCUGGUGAGUGGCAAAACGGAGUGCCACCACAUAUGAUGCCAAAUGGUAUGCCUGGCCCUAUUCCUCCUGGGGCAAUGCCUCCAGGUAACAUGCCGCCAGGAUUGAUGAUGCCUCCCGAAAAUUUGAUGAUAUCUCCAGAGAUGUUUGGCGGUCCGAAUCCUAUGUAUCCUGUACCCCCUGAAGGUUUCAACAUGCAGCAAAAUAUGUUCCCGAUGGAAUUCAACAUGCCGGGUCCACAAGGACCGCCGGGUCCAGAAGGUUUUCCAGGCCCAGGGAACUUCCGAGGAGCAAUGCGAGGACGUGGCGUCGGGGGCCACUGGCGUGGAAAGAACGCCAACAACUGGGACGGACCUCAACGAGGUAGAGGCGGCGGUCGUGGUAGUCGCAAGGCUGUAUGCAUAUAUUUUCAGCGGAAGGGAUCGUGUCGACAAGGUGACAACUGCUCCUUUUUACAUCCAGGAGUAAAUUGUCCAUUCUAA